AACCUCUUCACCUUAGCCACAAUUUGGAGGAGGAAGAAGGAGCUUCCUCCUGCUGAUCUGCUUCUGUUAAUCUAUUCUCAGUUCUAUCUGGUCCUUCUUUCUUUUUCCCCCCCAUGAAUGCUUCCACCUUCAGUUUUUGUUGUUGUGAGUUGAAAACUCCAAGUGUAUAAUCAUCAGAUAAUCCCCAAUCCUUUGAUUUUUGGUUAAUGCGUUGCCAUCAUUCAGUGCUUCAGGGCUGGGACCUCAAUACUAUUAUGGAAUUGAGGAAUUCUUGCAUCUAUUUCUCUGAUCACUCUUCUUCUUCUUCUUCCUCUUCUUUUUCUUCUGCUUCUUGUUCUUGUUCUUCUUGCUUAUCUUGUUUCGCCGCUUCUCCUUCUUCUUCUUCUUCUUCUUCUUCUUCUUCGUUAACAUCUUCCAUUUGGUUUACAAGUCAGUACCCUGACGCCGUGACCGUUGAUUGUAUCUUCAAAUCUUUCUCCUCCAAUAUUACUGCUGCUCCUGCUGCUACUCCCUCAAUCCAUACUGACUCAGCUUCAAGAGAUGCAUGAUUGAAAUUGACUCCUUAUAGUUUUUUUGUUACUGCUUCUUGUCUGAUUCUUUCUCUGUUUCCUCACUUUGUCGAUAAUCCCAAAUUAGGAGCUCUUUUAAUCUCUCUUCUCCCCAGAAACGGGAAUAGAGAAUUGGAGAAGAAGGAGAUGUGGUGUAUAUCUCAAUCAAUUUCACCGCCUCUUUUAAGCAAUCUAUCCAUAGGUUGCCCCACAACGACAGCCAUACGAGUAACAAUGGCUUCUUCAGCUUUCUACCUGCCUACUGUCACUGAACAUCGGCCCAUCAGGUAUGAUCAUGAUCAGCCUCGUUGUUCUUGGAAUGGAGUUGAAAUGAAGAGGAGCAACCGGAGGACCCCUUUUCCUCAGAUUAGGACUACAACUUCUUCAACUUCAGCAGCAUCUGCAUCUGCUUCUGCUUACCCACUCUUUACAAAUCAGCUUACCUCAGACACGUCCCGACAAAAAACUUGGCAGGAGGUUGAUUUGCUAUUAAGGCUGCACGUGAAAAGUUCACUCAGGAAAUAUCAUUCCAGUCCAAGGACAAGGACAUCUCUCUUGCUAAGGCUUUACUGUAUAUUGCUGCUGAAGAUGAAGCUUUUAUGGCUUUUAACCGGAAGAUGGAUGCUUGCUCGCUCAUGAAUGAAAGGAAAAAUGUUCAUAUCCCAUGUGAUUCAAAAGAAUGGAACACUGUGGAGGAAAUGCCUUUGGCUGGAAGAAGCUUGUCUGAAUGGAUGACUGAGCUUGACACACUUGCCAAAGAAGUUGAAGCAGAGCUAGUUUCGAGAGAUAUAGCUUGCCACUUGGUUGAAGUUUUGGAAGCAGUGAAUGUAGUUCUCUUUGAGUUAAGAGGCUUCAAGAGGACACCUAUUCUUGUAGAUUCUAAAUAUUCAUACUUGCACUCAGUACUGAGCUGUAGAUGUGGCAGUGCAAUUUUGCUUAGCAUUAUUUACAUUGAAGUUUGUCGUCGACUUGGUCUGACAAUUCUGGGAUCUCGAGUUGGGGAAAAUUUUUUGAUAUGGCCCCAAAUGGAGUAUCCAGAGGAGCUCUUCAAGGUAACUUCUGGACAUAGCUUAUUUGCGAUCGUCAAUGGAAAGUGUGUUGAGGAUCCCCGGUCGAUGGCAUCAGACUUAACUAGCAAUUCACUUUUAGGGCUUGAGAUUGCUACGAACAGAGAUAUUAUCGGGAUUGCUCUUGCCAAUUUGAUUAGGCUUCACUGGAAACAUGCUUCUAGAUCCAAUCAUGGUUUGAUGCUGACUUCUCCCCUUAGGGAUGUUAAUGAUGCUAGUGAAAAGCUUGAAAAGAUUGGUGGUUCUAACUUCCCAUUGUUGCGACCUCGAGAUCUCAGACUUGCUAUAAUGGCCUCAGAAAGAUUGUUGAUUCUACAACCUCAUAAUUGGGCGCUGAGGAGAGACCAUGGCAUGAUGUUGUACUACAGCAGGGAGUAUGGAAAGGCAGUGCAAGAGCUUAGCAUUUGCAUGGCAUUUGCCCCCGAAGAGGAGGCAGAAAUUCUAGAACCAUUUGUUGAGAAACUGCACUUGUUGCGGCUCGAAUCGUCAUGGAAAGCUGCCUUGGGGCAUGCAGGUCAACUUGCAGUUUCUUGAAUUCAUCUGUACAUACUGUUUCCUCUCUCACUGUCUCUCUAGUGUAAGGAAUACAAAACUCAAAACUCUGUAAGUUGACUGGGUAAAGCUUAUACUGAUAAAAAGAUUUGGAGGCUUUGUGGUUUGAUUUGCUGUGUAGUUACUCUAACCGGGUUUCAAUGGCAUACCAUGUUGAGUAUGAAAGAAAAAUAACAAUUUGUUUUUUUUUUUGUUGGUAUAAAGACAAGAAAUAUGCAGAGGUUGGUUCCUCAUA